UAAAAUUCACCCAAAUUAGAAAUUAGAAUCUCUCUAAAUGAAGAUCCGCCAUUGUUGCACCAUCAACCACCUCUAUAUUUUAUCAUUAUUAUUACCCAUUUUAAUCUCAACCUCCUUGAUAAACACCGUGGAAGCACAGCCGCCGCCGUAUGAUCCGUCAUCGCCGUCGUUACCGGUCGACGAUUAUGGGUUAGACGGCAAUAAAAUAAGUCCGUCAAUGGCGUUAAUCGUAAUCGUUUUAGUCCUGGGUUUUUUUGUUACUGGGUGUGUUUCCAUUUACAUUCAACAAUGUUCCAAUUCCAAUAAUUCCUCUUCCGAUAUCGCCGGAAAUGGGAAUGUAAUGAAGAUGAAUCUUCGACGGGGGUUAGACCAAUCAGUGAUCGACACGUUUCCGAUUUUUGUAUAUUCCGACGAAGUUCAGGAGUUGAAGAUCGGAAAAGGAAAUCUGGAGUGUGCUGUUUGUCUUAACGAGUUUGAGAAGGAUGAAACGCUGCGUUUGCUUCCGAAAUGUGAUCAUGUUUUCCAUCCUGAGUGUAUUGAUGUUUGGCUUUCUGGGCACACUACUUGCCCCGUUUGCCGAGCUGACCUUGUUCCUGACCCGGAUCACGAGUUGUCGGGCAAAGAAGAAACUCACCCGGAGUUGGAUCCUGGUUUGAUUUCCGAUGGGGUGGAAGUUACGAUUGUACCAGAGUUGAUGACGAAAGGGAGACUGGGAGUGUUGAGAUCGCACUCGACGGGUCACUCACUGAGUGGACUCGGUGAGGAUCGGGAGAGGUUUACGUUGAGGUUGCCGGAUGAGAUUCGGAAGCAGUUGGUGGUGGUGGUGGCUCCGCCGAAGCUGAAGCGGUCAGCUAGCUUUGUGGCUUUGCCGCGGGUGUCGAGUUCGCGACGGGGGUAUCGGAGUGGUGGUGGUGGGGAAGGGAGUGGAAGUAGUCGUUAUGUACGGUUUUUCGGGCGGUCUUUUAGGUGGACGGCGAGGAAUAAUGGUGGAGAUAGUGGCGGAGAUGGAGAUUCGAGGUCGAAGAGGUUUUUUGGCACGGUUGUGACACCGGUGGAGGGUUUGCCUCGGCUUCCUGUUUGACUCGUUGACUCGUUGUUGUAAUUAUACAUUUAUUUCUUUGAUUUAAUUACAAAAACAUUAAGUACCUUUAUUAGUCCUAGUGAGUAGUAACCCCUCUCACUUAAAGGUGAUUUUAUCUUUGUAGAAAGAUUGUCAAUACUUGUUUUGUUAAGUGUAAAGAAAUAAUUCAAUUGUUCA